AUGAAGUUGUCAUUGCACACAGCUACAACAGCCUACAGGUUUUUGAGCUCCAAAGCUACAUGUUGGUCUCAAGCUAGUGCAAAAAGCAAGGUGAAACUCACAACCCCCAAAAAACCUAGAGUAAAGUUAACUGACCAACAAAAUCAAAUCUUGGAAGCCAUUUCAAAUGGGAAUUCUGUUUUCAUUACUGGGUCUGCAGGCACUGGAAAAACCUAUUUACUUCAGGAUAUUAUCACUAAACUUAGGAAGAUUCAUGGGAAAUCUCGGGUUUUCGUGACAGCCUCAACUGGGGUUGCUGCUUGUUCCCUCAAUGGACAAACACUUCAUUCUUUUGCUGGAAUUGGACUAGGUGAUGCUAGUGCUGUGGAUUUGCUUAGUAGGGUUACAUUGGAUAAGAGAGCGUAUCGAAGAUGGAAUAAAGUUAGGGCCUUGGUUAUCGAUGAAAUUAGCAUGAUUAGUGGUGAGGUUUUUGAUAAUCUUGAGUUCAUUGCAAGGAGCAUUAGAAGUGAUGAAGUUGGGUGUGAGGACAAGAGUUGGGGUGGGAUACAACUAGUUGUGAGCGGAGACUUCUUUCAGCUUCCACCUGUUAUCAAUAAGAAGGGACAAAACAAGGAAUUUGCCUUUGAAGCUGAGUGUUGGAAUGCUAGUUUUGACAUGCAAAUUGAACUUAAGACUAUCUUUAGGCAAUCAGAUGCACAACUCAUAAAGCUGCUACAGGGAAUUAGGAAAGGGAAGUAUGAUUCUGAGGAUUUGCAGCUCUUGGAUCAAUGCUGCUCAGAGGUUGAGCCAGAUGCUUCAGCUGUUCAGCUUUACCCAAGAAUUGAGGAUGUGAGCAGAGUGAAUGCCGAUCGACUCGACCGUUUAGAUGAGGUAUUAUAUCAUUAUCAAGCUCUUGACAGUGGUAAGGAUCCUUGGAAGAAGCAGCUUAAGAAUGGAAUUGCACCUGAGCUGCUCAAAUUGUGUGUAGGAGCUAGGGUGCUUUUGACAAAGAACAUUGAUGUUAUCGGUGGACUUGUGAAUGGUGCUACUGGUACAAUCUUAGAUUUUGCUGUUGUUCAAGAUACUCAUAAAUUGUAUGACCAUGAAAUUUCUGACAUUUGCAUAAAUGGGAACCUGCUACCUGUUGUUAAAUUUGAUUCUGGACAAGAACUAAUGAUUGGUCUAGAAAAAUGGUAUGUAAUGGAUGGAGAUGAAGCUGUUGCCAUGCGAAAGCAAAUUCCCCUCAUGCUGGCUUGGGCUCUAAGCAUUCAUAAAUGUCAAGGAAUGACUCUGAACAACCUCCAUACAGAUCUCUACCGGGUUUUUGGCUUUGGGAUGGUAUAUGUUGCUCUUUCGCGCGUUAAAAGCUUGGAUGGACUUCAUCUAGUCAAUUUCAACCCGUCAAAGAUCAAGGCGCACCCCAAGGUUUUGCAGUUCUAUCAAAGGCUGUCUGAUGAGAAAGAUGAACUAAAGGAAGAUGCUGUAUCUGAUGAGAUUUAA